AUGGAAGACACUACCUCGGAGGUUGAAAUGAAGGAUGACAGAGACGGUGAACAUGAAAGUGAGCAGGAUGAAGAUCGCAGUCUCGAGCUCGGCAUCGAUCUCGACCUCGAUCUCGACCUGAACUUCAACUUUGGUUUCGAUGGACAGGAUCGGCCGGAAGGAGUGCAAGAGGGGAGUACACAGCAGAUAAAUUCCAGCCAGCAAGAAAGUAGCAGGAGGAAAGAUACAUUUCCGCCAUCGUUAUCUUCAGCGUCAUCAACCUCGGCGAAGACUGAUAUAACCCAACUACUCCAGAUGGAUGAACUUUUCACAGCAGCCGAUAUCGAAGUGCUACAAAAGAGCAGCCACAGACGGUCGUCUACAAAAUGCUUCCGCUGCAAGCAGAAAAGGAUUCCCUGCUCUUACGAGUUUCCGAAGUGCACGAGUUGCAAACGUGAUAAUGUCGAGUGCUAUGCUUGGGUGAGGGGCCUUCGCAAACCGGUUCCACGAAGCUUGCCGCUCUACCUUGAGGCCAGGGUUGCAGAGCUAGAGAUUGAGCUGAAGAAACUGAAACAGCAUCACGUUAUUGACGAUCUGGAAGAACGUUCAUACUCGAUAACAAAAUAUGCAGCCACUCCGUUUUUGGAAAGCUUCGAGAUAGCGGAACACGACAACACUUUUGCGUCGUUCUCCUCCUUUUACUUCACAUCAAGUAACUUGCCAGCCCCAUUCGACACUAUGAUCGACAACAGCAAGCGAGGAAACAUGAAAACGUUUAUCGAAGAACAUCCACCCGUCGAUUUGAGCACCAUACCCAGAAACGUCGUAGAGAUAAUGAUGUCUAACUACAUGGAUAUCCAUCUUCCCCAGUGGCCGGUUAUCUCUAAGUCCGAGUUGACGGUGAUUUUGAAUAAGGUGUUGGAUAACCCAAAUGUUGCAUUCUCGUUUGAGAAAGCAGUUGUUUCAAUAACGAUGGCCAUAUCUGCUGCAUUGAUCACAAACAAAAGUGAGAAGCGUGCCCUUUCUUCAUCGAGUGCUUUGUUUGCAACAACCAUUUCUCAAAUAUUGGAAACCACUUGGGAAUCGAAAAUGAAGAAAUUGCAAAUUACUUUGUUGAUAGUUCAUUAUGCAUUUGCAAAUCCGUACGUUGCGGACAUCUGGAGAACUUUGAGAGAUGCCUUACGUCUAUGUGUGGACAUGGGCCUGCAUAAGGAAGUUGAGUCUGAAGUCAUCACCGUUCUGGACGUCGACGAUAGACGACGAAUAUUUCUUGUUUGCAGUGCAAUGUUGAGACACUUGUCAGCGGUUUUAAGAAUUAGGUUUCCGAUUCCUCAACCCUUGAUAUCAGUGGAGUAUCCUACCAUUGUCGACGAUUCCUUCAUUACUGAAAAAGGUAUAGACUAUUCUGGACCGAAGACAAAAGCAGCAGCGCUACACUUUUAUUCUCUUCGUCUUUGUGAAUCUGAAAUCUGUGAUGUUUUAUGGCACAACAAAGAAAUACCUGGCACAAUUGAAGAAUGGAUUAGUAACAUGGAUUCCAAAAUUGAAAAUUGGUAUUUGAAGGCGGAGGAGUUUGCUAAAGUCAAUCAGUUAAGGUUUAGGUUGAUCACUAAAGCAUCCUUGCAGAUUCGAAUGAGAAGAAGAACACCCAGAAUACCUGAGCCUAGCCAUCUUUCGAUUAUUAAAUUAGUUGAAGCCCUAUCUGUUCAUGUGGAUGAAUAUUUGAACGAUUCCCAAAGAGGCCAAGUCUCUUACUUACUAAUGGGAGUUUACUACGUAGAGGAAGCUGCAGUUAACUUACUAGAUGUUAUGUGGUUCCAGCAUGAUUGGAUUUUUGAAUCCUUUUCUCUUGAAUAUCUUGAUGAAAAGUUGAAGGCUUGCAUUCAAUUACUUGAGAAAUUUAACGAGCGCUGGCCGGAUAUUGGUGCCUCUAAUAUGACUGGAUAUUUGGAUGACUUACGCCGAAAGGUUUUGGCAAAGCUGAACAAACCUGAAGAUGUCAGCCCAGAAGAUAUAGCUGAAACCUCUUCACACAUUGAACAUUUGAUAUUUCCGCAUAAUGGGAAGGCAUCUUCUAACCCAUCCGCUUUCGAUACAGCUGACUUAUCUGGAACAAUAUUGGAUGACAUCAACUAUGCCGACAACGAGUUUACUCUACUAAAUCAGAAAUUCUCAGAAAAAUCAAAUUGGGAAGAUCAUUUUAAUGACAACAAUUUCUGGAAUCUGAAAGACUUAUUCGCCCAAAUGGGUGGAGGUAUAUAA